UGAUUACAUUGAGAGCAGAACGUUUGUCCUCCCGAACCCACCCACAAUGUCUUGUAGGCUAGCAGCAGAAGGCGGAGUUCGUUUCUAUUUGCAGUCCCUUCGCUACUGGUAGUAGGCUACUAGAGAAACUUCACUUGAUGACAUGGCAGCCCAGUGUGUGACAAAGGUGGAGCUGAUUGUGUCUUGUGAGAAUCUGCUGGACCGCGAUGUCAUCUCAAAGUCUGACCCUCUGUGUGUACUUCUAAUGAACAUCUCUGAGUCCCAGUGGUAUGAGGUUGGGCGCACAGAAAAAAUACAGAACUGCCUCGCGCCGAAGUUUGCAAAGAAGUUUGUGAUUGACUACUACUUUGAACAAGUGCAGAAAUUGAAGUUUGGAAUCUAUGACAUUGAUAAUCAAACAAUCGAUCUAAGCGAUGAUGAUUUCCUUGGAGAACUUGAGUGCACCUUGGGGCAGGUUGUGUCAAACAGGAAACUGAGACGACCACUUGUGAUGAAGAACAAAAGAACUGCAGGAAAAGGAACUAUUACAAUCAGUGCUGAAGAAAUAAAAGACAACCGAGUAGCACAUUUUGAGGUGGAAGCCAGGAAACUGGACAACAAGGAUUUCUUUGGGAAAUCUGACCCAUACCUUGAGUUCUUCAAGCAAACAGAAACUGGAUGGCAGCUGGCACAUAGAACAGAGGUAGUAAAGAACAACCUGAACCCAACCUGGAGACCCUUCACAAUCCCUGUGCAGUCACUUUGUGGAGGAGACAUGGACAAAGCUAUAAAGGUAGAAUGCUACGAUUAUGAUAAUGACGGAUCCCAUGACCUCAUUGGAAUCUUUGAGACCAACAUGACCCUUCUGCAAAAGGCUUCACGCACUUCACCGGCUGAGUUUGAAUGCAUCAACAGAAAGAAAAAAGAGAAGAAAAAGAACUACAAAAACUCUGGGGUUGUGAGUGUGAAAUUAUGCCAGGUUGUGAAGGAGUAUUCAUUUCUGGACUACAUCAUGGGGGGCUGUCAAAUUAACUUUACUGUGGGAAUAGACUUCACAGGGUCCAAUGGUGAUCCCAAGACCCCACAGUCUCUGCACUACAUCAGCCCUCAGGGCUACAAUGAGUACUUGUCUGCCAUAUGGAGCGUUGGUCAGGUUAUUCAAGACUACGACAGUGAUAAGAUGUUCCCUGCCUUUGGCUUUGGAGCCCAGAUUCCACCUACCUGGCAGUGUUCCCAUGAAUUUCCUCUCAACUUCAACCCUGCAAAUCCAUUUUGCACAGGGAUUGAGGGGGUGGUGGAGGCCUACAGGAUGUGUCUGCCCCAGGUGAAGCUUUAUGGUCCAACUAACUUCUCUCCAAUAAUCAACCAUGUGGCUCGAUUUGCUCUGCAGGCAGCUCAGCAGAAGACUGCCUCUCAAUACUUUGUUCUUCUUAUAAUCACGGACGGCGUGAUCACAGAUCUAGAUGAGACACGCAGUGCCAUAGUAAACGCCUCCCGACUGCCUAUGUCCAUUAUCAUCAUCGGUGUGGGUGGGGCAGAUUUCAGUGCCAUGGAGCUCUUGGAUGGCGAUGAUGGGUGUCUGAAGUCGCAGACAGGGGAACCAGCCCUGAGAGAUAUUGUCCAGUUUGUUCCCUUCAGAAAGUUUCUGAACUCUCCCAAGGAAGCGCUGUCCCAGAGUGUUCUCGCUGAGGUUCCUGGUCAAGUAGUGUCUUAUUUUAAUAUGUCCAAACUAAUUCCACCCAACACCAACACUCACCAAAAUCCAGCAGCUGCAACCUAAGUUACUACACAUGCCUUGAAGAGGAGAAGAAUCUGCUCUCACCCUUUUAUCCAUGUAGACCUUAAACUACAAUCAGUAAAAAAAAAAGUGAAGUAGUAGAAGAUAUACAACAUCCUUUGGUGUUCCAUUCCACCUCUACAGCUUCAGAACUCCAUCCAGAAAUCAACCCCAAGGUUCUACUUUUCCAUCUAUAGUUCUUUGAUUACGUCAUACUUAUAUGUUAUUAGUUAUUUCAGGGAAGUAUAUAGAUAAGGAUCAUACCAGUUCAGGAGGUACUAUUCUGAUGAAUUUAGGAUUUGUCAUUUGCAUUUAAAAUGGUGGGCUGUGCUUAACGGCUUAGGUUUAAUUGAUUUCAUAAGACUUAACUAAACAAAAAUGACCGACGGAGUGCCUUUUGGAACAGGUUUGGACCAAAAUCUGUAUCCAACAUGCAUGUUUACACCCUAUGAAAAUAUAUCAUGGGUUAUGCACAACAUAAAUGCUACAGUUUACAAAAACGAUUUGCAUAUACAUAUAUAAUAUAUUGCUGGUUUGUUUUUUAACACAGUUCUUGACAAUUUAUUGCACAGGUACAAUGUUUUUUUUUUUUUUAUCCCCUGCUUAUUUUGUACGUUUGCCCACUGACAAAGAAAUGAUCAGUCUAUAAUUUUAAUGGUAGGUUUAUUUGAAUAUGGAGACAGAAUUUUUUUAAAUGCAUGUAAAAUUUGUUAUUAAUUGAUUUGCAUUUUAAUGUGGGAAAUAAGUAUUUGACCCCCUCUCAAUCAGAAAGAUUUCUGGCUCCCAGGUGUCUUUUAUACAGGUAACAAACUGACUUUAGGAGCACCCCCGUUAAGAGUGUGCUCCUAAUCUCAGCUCUUCACCUGUAUAAAAGACACUUGUCCACAGAAGCAAUCAACAAAUUGCAAACUCUCCACCAUGGCCAAGACCAAAGAGCUGUCCAAGGAUGUCAGGGACAAGAUUGUAGACCUACACAAGGCUGGAAUGGGCUACAAGACCAUCGCCAAGCAGCUUGGUGAUAAGGUGACAACAGUUUGUGCUAUUAUUCGCAAAUGGAAUAAACACAAAAGAACUGUCAAUCUCCCUAGGUCUGGGGCUCCAUGCAAGAUUUCACCUCAAGGAGUUGCAAUGAUUAUGAGAACGGUGAGGAAUCAGCCCAGAACUACACGGGAGGAUCUUGUCAAUUGGUAACACACUACGCCGUGUAGGACUGAAAUCCUGCAGCGCCCGCAAGGUCCCCCUGCUCAAGGAAGCACAUGUACAGGCCCGUCUGAAGUUUUCCAAUGAACAUCUAAAUAAUUCAGAGUGGUGAUUUCACUGGGUGAAAGUGUUGUGGUCAGAUGAGACCAAAAUCGAGCUCUUUGGCAUUAACUCAACUCGCCGUGUUUGGAGGAGGAAUGCUUCCUAUGACCCCAAGAACACCAUCCCCACCGUCAAACACGGAGGUGGAGACAUUAUGCUUUGGGGGUGUUUUUCUGCUAAGGGGACAGGACAACUUCACCACAUCAAAGGGACGAUGGACGGUGCCAUGUACCGUCAAAUCUUGGGUGAGAACCUCCUUCCCUCAGCCAGGGCAUUGAAAAUGGGUCGUGGAUAGGUAUUCCAACAGGACAAUGACCCAAAACACACGGCUAAGGCAACAAAUGAGUGGCUCAAGAAAAAGCAUAUUAAGGUCCUGGAGUGGCCUAGCCAGUCUCCAGACCUUAAUCCCAUAGAAAAUCUUUUGAGAGAGUUACCAAACAUCAGCCUCGAAACUUUAAUGACUUGGAGAAGAUCUGCCAAAAGGUGUGGGACAAAAUUGCUCCUGAGAUGUGUGCAAACCUGGUGGCCAACUACAAGAAACCUCUGACCUCUGUGAUUGCCAACAAGGGGUUUGCCACCAAGUACUAAGUCAUGUUUUGCAGACGGGUCAAAUACGUAUUUCCCUCAUUAAAAUGCAAAUCAGUUACCCAAAAAAUGUACAUGUGUUUUCUUGAUUUUUUUGUUGUUAUUCUGUCUCUCACUGUUCAAAUAAACCUAUCAUUAAAAUUAUAGACUGAUCAUUUCUUUGUCAGUGGGCAAAUGUACAAAAUCAUCAGGGAUCAAAUAUUUUUUCCCCCACUGUAUAUGCUAAAUAUACCACAAAAGAAGCCUAAUGCAAGCUACAUGUGUGGAGGAUCUUGUUUUUAAAGAAAAAGUGCAAUGUAUCUAAAUAUAGACUAAAAUAUGUGCUUCUACAGUGUAAUUUGUGAUGUGUAAAUAUCACCGGGAAAUAUGUAUACGUACUUAUGAAAUUGGGAAUGUUGGUGCUACAGUAUGCUUAAAUUAUAUUAUGGCAUUCAUCUUCCCACUGCAGAACAAUUUUGGAGCUCAAUGCAUUUUUUUGUUGUGCCAAUUUAGCCACUCUAACAAUUAAACAAGCAUGAAUGAAUAGAAAUGUUACUACUAAGUAUUCAUUGUUAUUGUGAGUUCAGAUGGUAAAGGGUUUUCUAUUCAGGUAUUUUUAAAUAAAAAGUGUAUGUUGUGGAGCACUCCUUAGUGGUAACUCUGUGUUGCCUCUGUUUAUUAGUUGAUUGUGAUUUUUUAUUUAUUUUGACAAGAGAAUUGUUUUUUUUACAUUGUAAGAUGAAUGCCUUCAUAGGCCUUUUUGACAUGAUGCCUUAUGCCGUUAUAGACACAAUUUUUGAAAGAUAAGUGAAAUGCCAAUUUUAUGAUGAUCAUAAAUCCAAAUAAAGUGCACAAUAUAAACAACAA